AUGGCCGAUGAGUCUGCCCCGCCGCAACAGUCGCAUCCGUUCUCGCCUGUAGCGAUAGUGACUUCGCCCACUGGAGAGCAACACAGACUGCAUGACGGCGACGAGGAGGACGGACUGUUUCCCGUUGAUGAUAUCGGAGCCUUUCAGGCAGCCAUUGGAUUCGCUGGCCUAAGCUUCAACGCUGCUAGCUCACCGGAUGAGGAUGAUGACGAAGAGGACGACAUCGUCGAGGAGCCGCCGCCACGGCCGUCACGGUCCAGUAGACCUAGCUUACCAAGCAUACGAACUGUCGGCAGCGAUGCUGAUGACAUGUUGCACGUUGAGCUCAAUGAUGGUCCGGCCUUCUUCUCACCCGUGACCGGUCACGUCGACGAGGACGACACGAUACCACUGACUGACGGAUCAAGGCUGCGCCCUUCGACGCUUGCCUUGCCGAACACUCCUAAUGGCCAGCCUCACGACAGACAGCGAUCACGAGCCAACUCAAAUCUUAGCGUCAAGUUUCCGUCCUUCCAUAGUCGGGGCAGUUCAAUGCUUGGUGAUGACCUGCGUGACGUUGAGUCUGGCGGACGCAGCUCCUCAGCCGACCUGAGCAGGAGCUCGUCAACUCGGAAGCGCUCGUUGUCGCACUCGUCCGGAGAGUCGCCGCUUCAUCGUACCGGGACCAUGCUGCGAAAGUUGUCACAGCGUGUUGUAAACGUCAGCAAUGAACCAGAUAUGGUCGAGCGGAGUAUACGCCGCAAAUCGUCAGUGCGACCACCUUCCGUGCCGCCUGUGCCAGCAACGGGCGAGGAAGGUGAUAUUGGGCUGGAUGGCGAAGCAAUUCCGCACGUACCCUUACCAUUACCAGAAAAGGAACAAUCGCCCAUACCAGAAGUUAAGCUUCAUCCGAAGCCUUCGACCAUCGAGCGAAAUCCACUGAGGGGCAAAUCACUGGGUAUUUUUCCCCCUAAGAGCAAGCUACGUAAGGCCCUGCUUGAGGUGCUUGUGCAUCCGUUGUUCGAAGCCUCCAUUCUGCUCCUCAUCGUGGUGCAGACUAUCAUCCUUACGGUCGACUCAGCACCGAGUGUUGCAGAUCAUCCGCGACGGACCACGUGGGGCAGAAGUUGGACGGACUUUGCGUUGUUCGUUAUCUUCGUCAUCUACACCAUCGAGAUAUGCAUCAAAGUGGUAGUCUCGGGCUUCAUAUUUAAUCCGCGCGAGUACAGCACACUCGACCGCACUGUCACGUUGCGCAGAGCUUUGAUCAACAAAGCUAACGACCUUUUCGCGCUCCACCGCAAGCCCUCAGUCAGAGGUCGAGAUGACGAACGAUCGGCAGCGCCAGCGCCGCAAUCACUAUUGCGGUCUUUUACUGCGCAGACGUCGGAAGAUAUCGACGCUGGUUCGCGACAUUCGGCUAAGAAGCGCCUGGCUUACCGAGCCUUCCUGCGACACUCUUUCAACCGACUAGACUUCAUCGCCGUGGUAUCCUUCUGGAUUAGCUUCGUUCUCGCAUUGACCGAGAUUGAGUCCAGCCGCCAUAUCUGGAUCUUUCGUAUGAUGAGCUGUCUACGUAUUCUGCGUUUGCUGUUCGUCACAAGUGGCACUUCGGUCAUACUACGCAGUCUCAAGCGUGCGGCACCGACGCUGCUCAAUGUGGCGUUCUUGAUCUGCUUCUUUUGGCUGUUGUUCGCCAUCAUCGGCGUGCAAAGCUUCAAAUCCAGUCUGCGGCGGACUUGCGUGUGGAACUGGCAGAACCUUACCGAUCCAACACAGCCGCCGUAUGCGCAGAAUCAGAGCUAUGGUGAAUUCCAGUUCUGUGGUGGCUGGAUAACGGAGGGUGGCGCAAAGAUGCCGUGGCUGACCUCCCAAGGAGUCAAUGGCUCAGAUGGAUACAAAGGAUACCUCUGUCCUCGGGGCUCCUUCUGCGUCGAAGGCGAGAAUCCGUACAACGGCACCGUGAGCUUCGACAAUAUUCUACAGUCGCUUGAGCUGGUGUUCGUCAUUAUGUCUUCGAACACCUUUUCCGACCUGAUGUACUAUCUCACCGACAGCGACUACCUAGCCGCAGCCCUGUUCUUCGCCUUCGGUAUCGUCCUUCUAUCGCUAUGGCUACUCAACUUGCUCAUCGCUGUGAUCACAUCGAGCUUCCAAGUUAUUCGCGAAGAGAGCCGAAGCAGUGCGUUCAUGGCGCAGGAGGACGACCACACUGACAAGGAGAAGCGCUUCGCGGAAGAUAGGCCAAAGCGGAAAGCCCGAGGACUGAAAGCGCUGUACGAACGAUCGCAGUGGUUAUGGAUCGUGGUGAUUGUGUACGGGCUCUUGGUCCAGUGCUUCCGCACUGCGUACCUCCGUCAGUACACUGCCUACUUCAUCAAUGCUUCCGAACUAGGCGUCACGCUAGUACUGCUGGCCGAGAUCGUUAUGCGCUUCGCCUCCGACUGGCGAGACUUCCCGUUCCAUUCCCGUAAUUGGUUCGACCUGUUUCUGGCCGUUAUCACGACAAUCAUCCAGAUACCGGUGAUCCACAACUCGGGAAGGGCAUACGCGUGGCUCACUGUCUUCCAGAUCUUGCGGAUCUAUCGAGUCGUCCUGGCAGUGAAGCUCACACGGGAUCUUAUUACACUCGUGUUGCGCCAUGUGUCUGGUGUGCUGAACCUUAUCUUGUUUGUUUUCCUACUGACGUUCAUGGCUGCAAUAUUCGCAUCCCAGCUCUUCCGCGGCGAGAUACCAGAGGAGGACAGUCAAGGCAACACAGUACAAGUCAACUUUAGCACCAUUUACAACUCCUUUCUGGGCAUGUAUCAGGUACUGUCGUCAGAGAACUGGACAACGAUAUUGUAUAACGUCACGCGCUUUGACGUGCAGUGGGGCACUGCAUGGUAUGGCGCUGCUUUCUUCAUCCUCUGGUUCGUUCUGGCAUUCUUCAUUGUGCUGAACAUGUUUAUUGCUGUCAUCCAAGAGAACUUCGAUGUCAGCGAGGAUCAGAAGCGGCUGCAGCAGGUCCGGAUGUUUCUGCAGCAGAAGGAGGGUCAGCUAGGCAACGCUAACAAGGGUACGCUGUCGCUAAGCUCGAUCUUCAAAUUCAGGCAUGCAAAGCGACAAGACCCUCUAGACUUCGGAAGUGCGGCAGUAGACAUGCUACUCAAAGAUGCAGUAGUCAGGGACUUCCUCGACGAGCAACUGGAGACAGAUGGUGAAGCCGGCGGACCGAGUCCGCGACCCACCCACACCGCUACAGGCUUUGUGCGAGACAGCAGCGGGUGGCUUGAGCGCUGGCGGGACUGGGUUGCAAAGAAACUCUUUCAGCGCGAGCAGAACCCAUUCUAUGCGCGUUUGCAGCUGUCCAAGCCAUAUGAGGAGCUGGACCCGCAUACGCUGGCCCAGGAGGUCCUCAACGCCACGGAGCAGCGCAAGGUCACGCAGAGAGAAUAUCUGCGCCGACAUCCGAGGUACAACGACUCACUGUACGUCUUCAAGCCAGACAAUCUAAUCCGGCAACUCUGCCAGCGCAUCGUAGGCCCCGGACGCGGCAAUGAGCGCGCUCAAGGUCUGGCACCGGAUCCGGCCCUUUGGUAUGCUUUCUCGAUCUUCAUAUACAUGGCGAUCGUAGCAAUGGUCUUGCUCGCAUGCGUGACGACCCCCCUGUUCCAACAGACGUACUUUCGGACCCACCCUGGUGCGGACAUACGGUACAACUGGUUCGUGUUUACAGACGUAGGCUUCGCAGCGCUGUUCACAGUUGAGGCAAUCAUCAAAAUCAUCGCCGACGGCCUGUUCUGGACGCCGAAUGCAUACUACCGCAGCUCUUGGGGCUUCAUUGAUGGUAUUGUCCUAAUCACUUUGUGGGUCAAUGUCAUCACUGCGCUCUACGAACCAGAAGGCUAUUCCAGAGCUGUGGGCGCGUUCAAGGCUUUGAGAGCGCUGAGACUGCUGAACGUCAGUGAUAGCGCUCGUGAUACAUUCCAUUCUGUCAUCGUACUCGGUGGCUGGAAGGUAGUGUCUGCGGCGUUCGUCUCGCUGAGCUUGCUCAUUCCGUUCGCCAUCUACGGGCUCAACCUCUUUGCGGGACAGAUGCAGAGCUGCAAUGACCAGAGCGGCAUGAUGUACAACCUCAGCGACUGCGUCAUGGAGUACUCGAAUUCACCGUACAACUGGAACUUUCCAGCACCACGACAGGCAAGCAAUGCAUACUACGACUUCGACAGCUUCGGCGGCUCCCUCUUCAUCCUCUUCCAGAUCGUCUCUCAGGAAGGCUGGGUCGAUGUCAUGAACAGUGCUCAAUCUAUCACGGGCGUUUUCACGCAACCCAGCGCUUUCACAUCGCAAGGAAACGCGGUAUUCUUCGUUAUCUUCAACCUCCUUGGCGCAGUCUUCGUGCUGACCCUGUUUGUGUCUGUCUUCAUGCGGAAUUAUACGGAACAGACUGGCGUUGCAUUUCUGACCACUGAUCAGCGCUCGUGGCUCGAGUUGCGAAAGCUGCUGAGGCAGGUCGCACCGAGUAAGCGGCCUAACACGAAGAAGAAGCGGGAAGGCUGGCAGGAAUGGUGCUAUCGACGCGCGGUUACGAAGAACGGCCGGUGGCAGCGAACAAUGACCACGGUGCUGGUGAUCCAUCUCAUACUACUUUGCUUGGAAUGGUAUCCGGAGUCCGCAUGGUGGAGCCGCGCGAGAGAUAUCGUCUUCCUGGCAUUCACGAUUUUUUAUAUCGCCAACAUCAUCAUUCGCAUUGUCGGACUAUCCUGGGGACGGUUCAGACGGAGUGCUUGGGACGUCUACUCAGUCUUGUCCGUUGGUGGGACGUUUGUCACGCUUCUGCUUACGCUCUCUUCCAAGGACCAGACCCGUGAUUAUGUUCAGGUGCAUAAGCUGUUCCUUGUGUCUGUCGCUCUGCUGCUCAUUCCUCGCAACAACCAGCUAGACCAGCUCUUCAAGACAGCUGCAGCGAGUUUCUCGGCUAUUGCCAACUUGCUCGCUACGUGGUUUGUGCUGUUCUUGGUGUACGCCAUCGCGCUUACGCAGACCUUCGGCUUGACUAGGUUCGGCAGCAAUGAGACGAACAACAUCAACUUCCGGACCGUACCCAAGGCUCUCAUCCUGUUGUUUCGCAUCUCCGUAGGAGAAGGUUGGAAUCAGCUCAUGGCGGACUACGCCAGCAUCACGUGGCCAUUGUGCACUAUUGGCGAGAAGUACUUCGAUGGCGACUGCGGCAGCCCAGAGUGGGCUCGUGCGCUUUUUGUGUCUUGGAACAUUCUGAGCAUGUAUAUCUUCGUCAAUCUGUUCAUCUCACUGAUCUACGAGAGCUUCUCGUAUGUGUACCAACGGAGCAGCGGACUAUCGGUCAUUUCGAGAGAAGAAAUCAGGCGGUUUAAGCAGGCUUGGGCGGAGUUUGACCCUGACGGCACUGGAUACAUCUCGAGGGAGAUCUUUCCGAGGCUCCUUGGAGAAUUGUCGGGUGUUUUCGAGAUGCGCAUUUACGACGGCGACUUCUCUGUACGGGCGCUUAUCGAAGAUUGCAAGCUCGCCCCCUCCAGGGCUGACGCCCUUCCGUUGGACGGCACGCCUGCUCCCACGGAGAUUGACCUUUACAAGCUCAAUCGAAGGUUGGCCGAACUCCCUGUUGGACAGAUUCGAGCACGGCGAGCACGCAUGAAUUUAUUCUACGAAGAAGUUCUGGUCUCUGCUGAUCCGGACCGUGGCGUUUCCUUCAACGCUCUGCUAAUGAUCCUGGCACAUUACAAAGUCAUCAAUGACAACAAAAGCCUUAAGCUCGAAGAGUUCUUACGGCGCCGAGCAAGGCUUCAGCGAGUUGAGGAGGCUGUCAGCCGACAUGUUGUGGUCGGGUUCUUCGACACGCUGUACUGGUCUCGUCGCUUUAGACGGAUAUUGGACGCGAGAAACAAUGCGCGCAUGACCGCUAUACCGACUUUCCACGUGCCAGAGAUUCUAGUACAUGGCGACGACAGCGAUAUAGCGCAAGCCAAGAAGGUCGACGUGCCAUCCGUCAGCGUGACGCCAGUGGACUAUGAUCCUUUGGACACAGCGGACAGUCUCGGCGUCGGCAGAGCGCCGACCAGCGGCUCGGAUGCUGGCAGAAGCGGCAUGGCUGAUCCAGGCAUGGGUAUACGCAAUCGGAGCAGCUCGUUGCAACAACCCCAUUCCCAUCCAGAGCAUGAGGAUGCUCUUGCGCCAACUUCGCCGAGGCUGUCGCCUCGUGGCCACCGGCCUUCCGCUUCAACGAGCAGUCUUCAGCCGGACUGGCAUUUUGCGGCAGCCAUGGAGAAUGCGGGCCCGGGACUUUCGCCGCCUGGGAGCCCGAACCUUAGCGCUACGACGCCUACAGGGCUCUCGAGAAGUCGUGCGGGAAGCGCGGUCAGCCAAAGCGAGAUGAUGGGAAUGUUCUCUUCGUCUCCAUGGGGUGCGAGCAUGGAGCGGAGCAUGACAACUAAGCGGGGAAGCAACGCUAACAGACGGCCGUCGUCUUGA